CCAAUUGGUGCACUAAUGCGUCCCUGGCGUAUACGACCGUUGCGAGUAGUACAAUUUUAGCGUCAACAUCAGGUUUCUUCACAUUGGGUAUCGGUUCGCUCGCUGGGAUCGAAAAGUUUACACUUAUCAAAUUUCUGACGGUCAUCAUUAGCGUCAUCGGUGUUUUUCUGAUAUCGAUUAAGGCACCCGACGAGAACCAGCAUAAUCCCAUUGAUCAUUUGUUCGGUGACUCCCUUGCGCUCGUUGGUGCAUUUUUCUACGGUUGCUACACAGUUUUGCUGAAGCUUCGAAUACAAGAUGAAUCUCGCAUUAACAUGCCUUUAUUCUUCGGUUUCGUUGGUCUUUAUAAUAUUUUUUUAUUAUGGCCACUCUUUUUGUUACUUCACGUCACGGGUGUUGAGGAAUUCCAACUUCCACCCGAUGGUAACGUUUGGAUUAUGAUCAUGGUUAAUGCGUUGGUAGGUACUUUUCUUUCAGAUUAUCUGUGGCUAUUGUCUGUACUCAUGACAUCACCGUUAGUGGUUACGCUUGGGCUAUCAUUGACAAUACCAUUAGCAUUAUUUGGGGAUUAUGUCUUUAAAGGAAUAAUCAUGAACCCAGGAUAUUGGCUCGGUGCUUUGCUGGUAGUGAGCGGUUUUCUUGGUGUCAAUCUGGCAACAAUUAAAGAGAGUAAACGCGAACACAAGUUUACCCCGUUAUUGAUUGAUGAGCCUGUCACCAUGUGA